AUGAAGCAACGCGAAAAAGCUGGAUCCAACAGGGUAAAAGAGAGACGCGCACGGAGCUGGGGGGUCCUCUCUCUGGCUCUUGUCCCGCGCACUGUCUCGUCCUCUGCUCUCAGUUACUAUUUUGUUCACGCCCGAUGCUGCUGGUCCCGCCUCCUGCCUCAGCGCGUCUUCUAUCAAGUGCAAGUGCCACUGACUGAGCGCACGGACCGCUGCGAGUGGAGGAGAGAGCGAGGAAGAGGAGGGGGGGAGGAAGAGGAGGAGGAGGAGGUGCCUGGGAGUCGUCCUCUGCCUCUCUGA